AACUGGUUCGAUUUUCGCUCCUGAAAAUCCUUCUUUUUCACACCUCUCUCUCUCUUUUCUUCUUUCAACUUCCUCGACCAUGCAUGCAAAUACAGAAAGUGAUAUUCCCGAGCGUAUUGCCGCGGCUCGAAGAGAAGCAGAAGCCCUCAAAGAACGAAUCAAACAACGCAAAGAAGCUCUCGCCGAUUCUACCUUACAAGAAAUGGCGAAAGAAGUCGAGCCAUUACCGCGUAUCGUGUUAAAGUCGCGUCGAACGCUCAAGGGACAUUUAGCCAAGAUUUAUUCAACACAAUGGGCACACGACAAACGACAUAUCGUAUCAGCUUCACAAGAUGGCAAACUUAUCGUUUGGGACGCUUAUUCGGGCAACAAAGUUCAUGCUAUUCCUCUGCGAUCCUCUUGGGUGAUGACCUGUGCCUAUUCGCCGUCGGGUAAUUUUGUCGCCUGUGGUGGUUUGGAUAACAUCUGUUCCAUUUACAAUCUACGCACCCGCGAUGGCCCUGUUCGUCCUGCCCGAGAACUCUCGGCGCAUACGGGUUAUCUGAGCUGCUGUCGAUUUAUAAAUGAUCGUCAGAUCAUCACGGCCUCAGGGGACAUGACUUGCAUGUUGUGGGAUAUUGAUGCUGGAGUAAAAAUCGAAGAAUUUGCCGAUCAUACGGGCGAUGUGAUGAGUGUUUCAUUGGGUCCCAACCCAAAUGUAUUUGUGACCGGUGCUUGCGAUGCCACGGCCAAAGUAUGGGAUAUUCGAACCAAACGAUGCGUACAGACAUUUAUAGGUCACGAAUCCGACAUCAAUGCAGUGGAAUUUUUCCCUAAUGGAGAUGCAUUUGCGACGGCGUCAGAUGACGCCAGCUGCAGAUUGUUUGACUUGCGUGCAGACUGUGAAAUGAGUGUCUACUCACACGAAUCGAUAUUAUGUGGUAUUACUUCCGUAGGCUUCUCAAUUUCGGGAAGACUGAUGUUUGCCGGUUACGACGAUUACAACUGCAAUGUGUGGGAUACCUUGAAAGGUGAACGAGUUGGUAUUCUCAGUGCCCAUGAGAAUCGCGUGUCCUGUUUGGGGGUCUCAAGUGACGGGAUGGCCUUGUGUACCGGCAGCUGGGACACAAGCUUACGAGUUUGGGCUUAAUACUUGUCAAACGAAAACUCUGUUUUUCUCCAUUUUCGUUGUCUGUGCUUCUUUUAUUGCUUGUCACCUUUUCUACUUUUGCUUUUCGAUUUCCUGUCAAGGGUCCCAUCAUUGCCAAACCUUUUCGUUUUCUUGCCUUUGCCGUAUUCCCUGCCCUUCUUGACUUCCCCUGAUUAAGCUUUACAAGAGCCCAUCCUUUUAACAACUGUCUCUUAUACUCAUGUAACUUAUUUAUCAUCCCUCAUUUUUAAAUUGGCCGUAAUCGUAUCUUUUUUUUUCAAUACUUUGUUUUGAUCGUCCCUUUUUUUUCUCACACUAUCAGCUUGCAUGGAAGGGGAAUGAAAUAUAAGGAGCUCCGAUCGGUGACCUGAUUUACAGUGAGCCGCUUUUAUACAUGCUGACACUCUUUAAGCAAUGGUAAUCCAAUAAAUCCUAAAAUGUUCAGUCA